AAAAAAAAAAGCCCCUCAAAUGCAAAUACUACCUACAUAUACGAAGUCUACCUACUUCACACACCAGGCCAGUCCUUGUGCAGAACAAAAACAAGAGCUUCAUGACUACCUAGUACCCAGUUUAUCACGUCUGUUGUCUUUCGUUUGGUCCUUAGACUAUCUCUUUACAUCAAGGUGAACCGACUACGACUUACAAAGGUGGAUUACCAUAACUCUUUCAAACACCAACUGCCAACUUCUCUUAAGGUGGCAACUCAACCUCUAAAGCAAAUAUCUCAUCAUCACUCACAGAAAGAGAGAGUGGCAGAAGCCAAAUCAUGAUGCUCAUUUCUAUCCUUGCUGCAGCGCUGGGCACUGGUCAACUAGUUAGUGCUCAGGGUUUUGUUGCGAAUUGCUCCUGGCAGGUUGGUGUUCUGGCAGACAGCUUCCUAGGCAUGUAUUGUCAUGACGAUGAUUGGGAACGAUUUAACUACGACUGGACCUGGCUUGACACCAAUGCCUGCCUAACCAAUCACGGCGGCAUGCUCUAUCCUCGCGGAGCUGGUAAUUACUGGCCAACAUGUGGGAAUUGCUCCGUUCGCGGGAGCCACGUCGAGUUUCUCCUCAGCUGUGAUUGUCUCAACACUGGUGGCCACUUUACUCCAGCUACCUAUGACCUCAAUCGUGUGGUCUGGAACCACAAUGGUAGCCUGGGUUGUUUCAAUUACGUCGGCAACAAGACAGAUAGGGGCCCUCUUUAGCUCCUCGAUGGCGAAGAUCGGAAAUGAGACACAGAUACCAAUACAUGCAUGUAUCGAAUCAAUUUAUAGCAUAUGCGCGCCCGUAAUUGCAGGCAAUAUCCCUAAAUGAUAAUUUUACUAGACAU